GCGGGCUUCCGUAGUUCAGGGCCGCCCCAGGGCGGGGCAUAACGGUGGCGCGCGGCCUUUUCAAAGCGUGAAGCGUUCGAAACACAACGGCCGUUGGCAACCUGUGCACCGCGCCGAGGUAGCGUCUGGUACCGGUUGUCGUCACCUCGCGACUCUGGACCUAGAGUGGUUGUUAUAAUGGAAGGAAUCAAUAAUUUGGAGACACCAAACAAAGUAUCUGAAAAAAGAAAAUCUGUAUUAUCAACUCCGUAUAAAAAUAUUCCUCCCUCUCCAUUUAUGCAGAAGCUUGGCUAUGGAACUGGGGUAAAUGUUUACCUAAUGAAAAGAUCCCCAAGAGGUUUGUCUCAUUCUCCUUGGGCUGUGAAAAAGAUUAAUCCUUUAUGCAAUGAUCAUUAUCGGAGUAUGUAUCAAAAGAGACUGACUGAUGAGGCUAAGAUUUUGAAAAGCCUUCAUCAUCCAAACAUUGUAGGUUACCGUGCUUUUACUGAGGCCAGUGAUGGCAGUAUGUGCCUUGCUAUGGAGUAUGGAGGGGAGAAAUCUCUAAAUGACCUCAUAGAAGAGCGAUAUAAACACAGCCAAGGUCCUUUUCCAGCAGCUAUAAUUUUAAAAGUUGCUUUAAACAUGGCAAGAGGGUUAAAGUAUCUGCACCAAGAAAAGAAACUUCUUCAUGGAGACAUAAAAUCUUCAAAUGUUGUAAUUAAAGGUGAUUUUGAAACAAUUAAAAUCUGUGAUGUAGGAGUUUCCCUUUCAUUGGAUGAAAAUAUGACUGUGACUGAUCCUGAGGCCUAUUACAUUGGCACUGAGCCGUGGAAACCCAAGGAAGCAUUGGAGGAGAAUGGCAUUAUUACCGACAAGGCAGACAUAUUUGCCUUUGGCCUUACUCUCUGGGAAAUGAUGACUUUAUCCAUUCCACACAUUAACCUUAAUCUUACAGAUGAUGAUGGUGACGACGAUACAACUUUUGACGAAAGUAACUUUGAUGAUGAAGCCUACUACGAAGCUUUGGGAACCAGGCCACCUAUUAACAUGGAUGAACUGAACGAAUCAUACCAGAAGGUAAUUGAACUCUUCUCUGUGUGUACUAAUGAAGACCCUAAAGCUCGCCCGUCGGCUGCACACAUUGUUGAAGCUUUGGAACUGGAUGGUCAGUGAUCGUGUUCUUGAUGACCUCCGUGUAAAGUACAUACCUGUUCGGUUUUCUUGGAUGUUUUUAUGAUCUUCAGUUAUUACCCUCUAGAAGUGGCUAUUUGAGGUCCAUAAUGCCCUGUUAGUUGUGAAUAGUUAACAAAAGGAUAUUUGUGUUCUUAUGUUGAUAAGCACUUAGGAUACUGCGUUUUCUGUGAAGUUCAAAGAAAGUAAAUCCUUAUAUGCAAGUAGUUUGUUACUCCGCAGACUUUUAAAACACUAGCACUCAAAUACCAUAAACUGUCCUCACAUUAAUUUGAGUGGCCAUUCUUUUAUCUUUCUUAACAUAUUCUCUAUUUUAGUGGAUUAAAAUUAGCACUUUAUACACUGCAAAGUAAAUCUGUAUUAUAUUUUAAAAUAUCAAAACUUUUGCUGGCAUUGUUUCCAUUUCUGGUGCCUUUGUGAGUAGGACCACUUUUGAUGGAAGUGACUGAUGAGGAAGCACACUGCAGCGUGGCUUAUUAAAUGGCCACAGAACCUGAGAGUAUAACAGAGUAGCUGCUUGGGUAUUUCUAGACUCUUUGGCUACAGCUUGUCCUGCUGUCUUGGAUUCAUGUUUAAUUUAAAUGUAUUUCCUGUACUAAGAUUCCUGUUUUAGCUUUUAUUUACUAAUAUGUAUCUUAAGUAUUUCAAAGUGUGGUGUAAAAAUAAUAAAACCCAAAUAGGACAAAUAAAUAUAAAUAAAAUAUAGCUUUGGUACCAAAA